AUGGCGGCUGCGGUACGCGCUGCGGGCUUCCUCCAUGCUCUGUGUGGCGCUUCGGCAGGUCAUCUAUGGUCCAGGCAGCUUUACCUAAACACCUUUCCAGCAGCUUCCAUCUGGGCGUUGAAGGCCGUUCCCAGCAGGGGCCCUUUGUCAUCUGCAGGAGCCAGAGACAGCCGCCAUUUUGCCAGCUUGGCCCGCGUGCUACAGACACAGUGCUGCCUUUCUGCUCGUAGCAGUUUGGCGGCCCAACAGCACAGAUCCUAUAGUUUCUUCACUAAACUGACAGCAGAUGAGCUGUGGAAAGGUGCUUUAGCAGAAACUGGUGCUGGAGCAAGAAAAGGAAGAGGCAAAAGAACCAAGAAGAAAAGAAGGAAGGAUUUGAACAGGGGUCAGAUCAUCGGUGAAGGGCGUCGUGGCUUCCUAUGGCCUGGUCUGAAUGCCCCACUUAUGAAAAGCGGAGCUAUACAGGCUAUCACUCAAAGAAGCAAGGAAGAGCAAGAAAAGGUGCAGGCUGAUAUGGUACAACAGAGAGAAGAGUGGGACCGGAAGAGGAAGAUGAAGGUUAAACGGGAGCGAGGAUGGAGCGGAAACUCAUGGGGCGGCAUCAGUCUUGGCCCCCCUGACCCUGGUCCCAAUGGAGAAACAUAUGAUGAUUUCGAUACCAGGAUACUUGAGGUGAGAAAUGUUUUCAACAUGACGGCCAAAGAGGGAAGGAAGAGAUCCGUCCGUGUCCUGGUCGCCGUGGGGAACGGCAGAGGAGCCGCAGGUUUUGCCAUUGGGAAAGCCACUGAACGGGCAGAUGCUUUCAGAAAAGCAAAGAACAGAGCCGUUCACUAUUUGCAUUACAUAGAACGAUAUGAAGACCAUACCAUAUACCAUGAUAUUUCCUUAACAUUUAAAAGGACACAUAUCAAGAUGAAGAAACAACCCAGAGGCUAUGGCCUCCGCUGCCACCGAGCCAUCACUACCAUCUGCCGGCUCAUUGGCAUCAAAGACAUGUACGCCAAGGUCUCUGGCUCCGUCAACAUGCUCAACCUCACCCGGGGCCUCUUCCAGGGGCUCUCUCGCCAGGAAACCCACCAACAGCUGGCUGAUAAGAAGAGUCUCCAUGUUGUGGAAUUCCGGGAGGAAUGUGGCCCUCUGCCCAUCGUGGUUGCCUCACCACAGGGGGCCUUGAGAAAGGAUCCGGAGCCGGAAGAUGAGGUUCCAGACAUCAAAUUGGACUGGGACGAUGUCAAGGCCGAGCAGGGAAUGAAGCGCUCUGUGUGGUCAUGUUUAAAGAGAGCUGCCACGUAG